UUCAAACAAACCUGUUGGCGUGCAGGUACUUUAGUUAGACAUUUUUAACUUUUCUUGUCUUUUAAUAUUUAAACCCUUCAUUUAGCGGCCACUGCAUGUUAUGUGGAGUUAGCCACACCGGAUGGUUAACCGUGAAGGUAGCAUUAGCUGUAGGUUAGCAACACUGUGUGGCUGGAGCUACUAAUGAGGAGCUAGCCGGGUUGUAGCUCAGUUCAGCAAACGGCAUGAACAGAGCUGUAGUGAACCGGAGAAAGGAGCACUGGGCCCCCAGAGCCAGCAAGGUGCUGGCCGAGAGGAACCAGGCGGUUGUGGCCGUGGGAGCUUGGGUGGAGAGCGGACAAGAUUUCCCGGAGCAUCCGACUACUCUUGCUUUGUUAACUGAGGAGCUCCAGGAAGAGAAGAGGAGAGAGAAUGAAGAGAGCCUUCGAAGAUUUCAAGACGAAGUACGCCACCGUGUGGCUCAGCGGGUGCAGGUCUACAAGAAGAGACCGGAGCCUCGGCCUGAUCCAGUGGUCACUCCUGAGAGGAGAACCCCACAACAACAUUAUCAGGUCUGGAGCCACCGUGCAUCCACCGGUGAGAAGCUGAUAUAUGCAGGAACAGCUGCACAACACAGGUUGAAGGAGAGGAGCUCUCAGGAGCCCAGUGAAGGGAUGAGGCAGGUCAGACUCAGACUUGCAGCCCGUCGAGUGAUACAGCACGAGGAAACGACGACAGAUCUUCCAGAGGGCGAAUGGAACAUCCAGUCUCCAACCAGACAUAAAGCUCAUGUGCUCGGAGCAGAGGACGAUGUCCUGGGAGAGAAAGAGGAGGAGAAGGGUGAUGAUCUUCUCUUCACCGCUCGACAUCAGUGUCCCCUCGUACAGCAGCAGGUGAGCGGACAUUCACUGUGGGAUCCUGACGUAUCACAACCUGAUCCCGUUUCUAAGUCCGGCCUCAGAGAACCGCUGCUCCUGUGGCCUCUGACUGACAAAGAAGAACUGAAAAGACAGCGUCAGUCUCAGUUCCUGAUGCAUCGCCGUGUGGCCAUGAGCAUGGAGAGAGAGCAAGUGAAGGAGAACAAGCAGCACAGGAAACACCUGCAGAGGACAGCAAGGAUCAAAGCAGAGAAAGAGCAGCUUCGUCUGGAGGAAGAGCGGCGGUUGGAGAGGGUUCGACAGCUCGCGGAGGCCAGACAGAGGAUGGAGGAGAGGGAGCUGCUGGUUCUGGAGAGGCUGAAGCUCGAGGAGGAGGAGAGAGCGGUGGAGCUGCAGAGGAGGAGGAGAGAGGAGAGAGGGAAAGUAGCUGCAAGGUUCAUUGAUGCUCUCAGGGCUCAGAUGAAGGAGCGACUGUCUCAGGCAAAGCUGGAGCUCCCUCCUCUCUGCUGCUGUGCGUCCUCUUUCUGGGACUCCCACCCUGACACCUGCGCAAACAACUGUGUCUUCCACAACAAUCCCAAAGCUUAUGCCCAGGCGCUGCAUUCGACAUUCAUGAGUCUGGAUUUACAGUAACAGAAGCUGAUGAGCUGCGGUGGGAAUUACAAAAUAAACGUUGGCACCUUGAUGUUUAGUCGAAUAGUCAAACCCAGAGUCAGAUAAGAGAGUUCAGCACAGUGUUAUACAAACGUUUGAUAACUCAAACGUUGAUCAGGUUAGUUUCACUUUCCCAGUUCUUUGAUUCAUGAUUAAAUACAAGCAGAGCUACUGGCGUUAAGUGCUGAUGUUAACAGGCUGAACAUGUGUAUAUGAGGACUGACACUGAGAGUAUGUACUAUAGGAGCCUUUAGCCCCGUGCCUUAAUUAAAACCUCAGAGAUGUGAGCUGGGAAAUACUUGGUCUUAUUCUAAUGUUUGUGAAAAAUGAGCUGUACUAUUAAGUUAUAUGUUUUAAACUAUUUGGCUUUAUUAUUAAAUAUUUAAUUUUUAUAGCCACAUUGGAAUUACUUAUGGUUUAUUUAUUGAUAAUCAAGGGACUGGUGUGAUCUGUAUAUGUGUGUUUUCUGUCUUGCUGACCUUCUUGACGGCUGUGUUUUUAAAAUAAAUUCUUUAUUUUUGUUAA